UUUUCACUUGAAACAAUAGGGAGCCACCUGAUUGGCCAGAGAGACUUUUGCUCCAGCCUCUGUGUGUAUCACCUGUUAGGAGUUUAAGCAGGUGCAGCAUAAGGACUGUGGAUUGCUCAGGAGCUGGUACAGAAGUGCAGUAGCAGCUUGAAAACUUGCAGCCAGAACAAUGGGGUGUUUCACAUUUAUCAAAGUGAUGAUGAUUUUAUUCAACGUUUUCAUAUUUCUUGGAGGUGGUACCCUCCUGGGAGUUGGAAUCUGGGUGUCUGUGGACAGUAACUCCUUUUUAAAAAUAUUUGAAACCGUGUCUGCAAAUGCUGCACUUCAGUUUGUUAAUGUUGGAUAUUUCCUUAUUGCCAUUGGUGCUUUGUUGGUACUUCUCGGAUUCCUUGGAUGCUGUGGAGCCCAAAAAGAGAGCAAGUGCCUCCUGCUCACGUUCUUCACCAUCAUCCUGAUUAUAUUCAUCGCAGAGGUGGCUGGUGCUGUUGUUGCUUUAGUUUACUCCUCCUUGGCAGAGAGCAUAUUAGGGCCCCUCCUAAAACCAGUUCUACAAAAUGAUUAUGGCUCCAGCAGUAAACCAGAUGUGACAAAGAUUUGGAAUGCUACCAUGGAAAAUCUUCAUUGUUGUGGUUUCAAUGGAUACACCGACUUCACCAAUUCUACCUACUACAGUAACUACCAUCAUUACCCAUCUUACUGCUGCAACUCAACUUCAAAUGCUGUCUGUACUGAACUAAGCGCAAUGGGCGCUAAGAUUUCGGGCUGUUUCGAUCAGCUCUUAUACCUUAUUCGGAAGAAUGCAGCUAUAGUAGGGGGUGUGGCAGCUGGCAUCUGUGCGCUGGAGCUUGCUGCAAUGGUGGUUUCGAUGUACCUCUACUGUCAUUUAGACAAAGAAAUCCACUAAGAAAAAGAAGACUGAAUAUUUUGCACAACAUUCAAUGUAAUUUUUUUUUUUUUUCCAAAAGAUUGUCUGACCAGAAUCCAUACAAACCUCAUGCAAUAGGAUUAUAAACAGGCUCAGAUAUCUAUUUAAAAAUGUAUGUCACUGCUUUCCUUAUUUGACCCUAUAUUAUAUUGUUUGCUUUUUUGUUUUUUUCUUGCAGUUCUAGCACUGGAUAUUUUUGAAGUAUAGAUUUGUAAAUAUUAAAAAUCUAAGCAUGUAAUUAUGGACACACUGUUCUAAUGGUAAUGUUUUGUUUAAAAGUCUGAGCCUUUUUGUAUGAUUUUGCAUUCUUUAGUUUCACACUUGUGUAUAGACUGUGGUGCACUACCAAAAAAGCAUUUCAGAAAAUCUAAAGCCACAGCUCCAAGCAAAACUGAAAAUCAGCAACACCCUGCAAACAUGAGCUGCUACCUAAGAACAUUUCACCUAUUAGUUUAAGGCUGUGAGAGGAUUCUGAGAGUGGUAGUAGCAGGCUUGGAUGCCCCAACAAAGUAAUGAUUUAUAUUGUCAUUUGAAAUAGCAUUCUUGUAAGAAUUCUCCUUGUCUGUGGCUGGUGACCCAGGGUAAUGCUUCCUCUGCCUGUCACCAUCUUAAACCCAGCCUUGGACUGUUUAAGAAGUCAUAGGAAUUCUUAUGAUGCAAGUUUCUUUUUCUGUAGUAUUGUUCGGCCUGAAAUGCUGAUGUUUUGUUUAUGUAUUGAGUGUUUUAACAUAAUAACAAUUUUUCAAGGGGAUUAGAAAAAUGGGUGUUGAUUGUUCAUCUGCAAUGGCUGCCCCCAGUAUCACUCGUGCAGGGUCUAGUCUUUGUUGCUAAAUUAUUAGUACACUGUGGGUUAUGAGCUAUAUACAGUAGCUGUUAGGUGAACUUGUCCUAGUUAUUGGCUUGCAAGAUCAGAGACCGAUGUGUAUUUUACCUUUACUAAGACUAUUUAUUAUUUUUUGUUUGUUUGCUUUAGAAAAACAAUGAUGUCACAUGUCGGAGUUUUGUUUUUUGUUUUAAAUUAAACCGCUACCUUGA